AUGGGUCGCCUUCGAACGGCUGGUACGGCCGUCUUCCUGGCAAUUGGAGGCUUCCUUUUUGGCUACGACAGCGGCAUUAUCUCCUCCACCAUUGCCCAACCGUACUUUGUCGAGUACAUGGGCACACCAACCGAGUCGGAAAAGGGUGGCAUCGUUUCGUCCUUCACAGGUGGUGCUAUCCUCGGCGCGCUAUCUGUUUCUUACCUCGCUGAUAAGCUCGGCCGCAAGAGAUCAGUCUUUGUUGGCGCCGUUAUAUCAUGUAUUGGUUGUGCCCUACAGGGUGGUGCUGUGAAUAUCCCCAUGGUCAUCGCGGGCAGGUUGAUCGCGGGUGUAUCUGUCGGCCUCCUGUCUGCGAUCGUACCCAUGUAUUGUUCUGAGAUCGCAACCUCCGAAGAUCGUGGCAAGCUGUCCGGAUUACUACAAUUUAUGCUCUCUUGGGGCUUCUUCAUUGCACAGUGGCUGGGCUACGGUUGCUUCCAAGUCAACAGCGCAUUCCAAUGGCGCUUUCCACUAUCGUUCCAAGUUGUUCCAGGCCUUAUCAUGGCAGCUGGCAUCUGGUUUCUCUCAGAAUCUCCUCGGUGGCUUUGCGAAAAGGAGCGCUACGAGGAAGCGAAAGAUGUUCUCAACAGACUUCAUGGCACCGGUGACAACCAAGACUUUAUCGAUUUAGAAUUUUUGGAGAUCAGAGACACUAUUGUAGCAGAAAAAGCCAUUGCAGUUAAAAGCUGGAAGGAGAUGGUCUCCCGAAAAAGCUGGAGAAAGCGACUCUUCCUCGGUAUGGGUAUACAAGCCUUUGGCCAGCUUUCUGGCAUCAACGUUAUCAACUACUAUGGCCCUCAAAUCUAUGCCCUCCUCGGUAUCGAGACGGGUACAGCCUUGAAGAUUAUCGGUAUCUCAGGCACCCUCUCAAUUGUCUAUUGCGUCAUUGGACUCUACCUCCUCGACAAGAUCGGUCGCAUCAAGCCUCUGGUGGUCUCGGCGGCUGGCAUGGCCGCCGCGUUGCUUGUGAACAGCGUUCUAUCCAAAUACUACGUGCUUACGGAUAACCCGAACCCAAACAACGACGCCCUCCGAGCCAUGGUCGCCAUGAAUUUUGUGUUUAGCUUGUUCUUCACAAUGAUUGGCAUUAUUUCCUGGGUCUAUCCCGCCGAGAUCUUCCCCGCCGAGAUCCGCGCAAGGGGUAACUCUCUGUCCACAUUCACCAACUGGUCGCUCAAUUUGGUCUUUGCACAGUGCGCUCCAAUCGCCCUGAACAAAUUGGGUUUCAAGAUCUUCUAUUUCUUCUUCGUCUGGAACUUGAUCGCUGCGGUGUGCUACAUCUUCUUCUAUCCCGAGACGGCCGGACGCACUCUCGAACAGAUGGAUCAGUUGUUUGGUGACCAAGUCGUGCCACACGCAUUGCAGGACAAGGAAGGUGCGGAGAAGGCUAGGAUGAACAGUGUUGUGAGCCAUGUGGAAGAACACCACCAGGCAGUCUGA